AUGAAGCCCGAGAACAUUGACCCGGCUCGUACGAGACGUCUUGCAAAAGCCUUCAAAGACAUCGUCGCGGGGCGCCGUACCGUCUCAACUGCUACCGACGCUCGCCUCUACCUGAAAGCUGUGAGGGCUCAGCCGAACCCAUCGACUUGCAUCGAGACCAUGGUGGCUAGCGAGCACGGCAUUCGUGGUAUCAGCACGAGUGUCCAAACCGAUCCCUCACCCGUGUUUCUGACUGCCCAUGUCAUCCCCUUCUUGGAAUACCUGGCAGAUCCGGGCAUCAGAGCCAUCCACGAGGGCGGUCUCCUACGCCAAAUACUUUUGGCGAUUGUAAACCUCCCCGAUUGCCUGGAACUCUCUCCUGACGCUAUGGCUUGA